CAAACUGAAACCUGCAGAAACCUGGUUUAUCAUGAACGUCAUGGUCUGACUUCCCUCCUACACAGAACAAAAUUGCUGUUUUUAACAGUUCAAUAACAGUCACAAGUCAGAUGUCAAACUGGAUUCUUACUCAUCAUGCAUCAACACUGAUCAGCUACAAAGUUUGACAGUUGAUCAUCUCUUGGCACUAAAUAUCACACAAGGCUGACUGACAGAUCCAGAACAUCCCAACCACAGCUACAAUCAACAGAGGUCCAGCGGCAGCAGAGAUCAGCACUAUGUACAAUAAAGGUUCAUCUGGUGCUGAUUCAGACAGAGUGUCAGUGACGGUGAUGGAGGGAGAUUCAGUCACUCUAUACACUGGCGUUAAGAUGAACCAACAAGACAGAAUUAAGUGGUUUUUUAAAGACAACCGCAUCGCUGAAAUCAAUAGAGAUCAGAGUAAAAUCUGUAUAGAUGAUCCGUGUAAAGAGAGAUUCAGAGACAGACUGAAGGUGAAUAAUCCGACUGGAUCUCUGACCAUCACAAACGUCACAAACACAGACUCUGGAGAUUAUAGACUAGAGAUCUUCAUCAACAGAUUCAGUGAAAAGAUCUUCAAUGUUACUGUCAAUGAUUUUUCUGCUGCUGAACGAGAUGAAAUGAAGAGAAAGUCAGUGAAGGAGGGAGAAUCUGUCACUUUAGAUCCUGGUGUAAUAAACAACCCAAAUGAUGUGAUGACGUGGUAUUUCAAUGACACUGUCAUCUCUGAAAUCAUUGGAAAUCAGAGUAAGAUCUGUACAGAUGAUCAGUGUGAAGAGAGAUUCAGAGACAGACUGAAGCUAGAUCAUCUGACUGGAUCACUGACAAUCACAAACACCAGAAACACUGACUCUGGAGAAUAUAAACUACAGAUCAACAUCAACAACAGCAGCAGUGUUGAUAGAAUAUUAGCAGUAUUAACCGUCAUUUCUGUUCCAGAUUCAGGUUCAUCAGUAGCAGGAAUAUGUAUUAUUGUUGUCCUGCUGAUAAUGGUUGCAGCCGCUGCUGUGUUUUUGUACUGCAAGUGCCAAGGAAUCAGGAGAAGUUUCAGGAGACAGAGCAGUCAAAUUCAGGAGAACGGAGGAGUAGAAAAUCCAUCUCCUGAUCAGAAGACAACUCCACUGAUGGAUGCUAAGUGAUAAGUGAAUGAAGAUUUCAACUUGGUUUGUCAACCAUAACAGCCAGGCCAGCCAGGAACCUAAGAGUUGUGAAGGAUGAUCUUUUAAAGUGCCCUUAUUAUGCCUUUUUUUAAGGUUCCUAAUAUUGUUUUGGGAGUCUCCUACAACAGGUUUACAUGCAUGCAAGGUCAAAAAACACUUUCGUUUUCUCACAAUAUAUUUAAUUUCACCUCAGUUCUCAAUGAUUCAUAAACGAUCCGUUAGAAGCAGUUCAAAGAAUCAGUCUCUCUAAAACCCUGCCUUUCCAUGAGCCUACACUGCUCUGAUUGGUCAGAUGGCCCAAUCCUUUGUGAUUGGUCUACUGCACGCACCGCGCGCCCAUUGCCAUGACUGAAUGACAGCUAUCAAUUCGCAAGACAUUGUAUACAAUGUUUGGACAGAAAAGACGACAUCGAUUUUACCGUAUCAAUUCGAGCCCGAGUCCGAAAAUGAAACGUCUGAAGUAGUCGAUCAACCAGAAACUGACUGGAGCAGGAUGUUUCUCUAUGGUAAGUGUCACUUUAAUUUGCGUUAUUUGUAAGAUGUGAUAGCAGCGUCACUGUUAUACUUUAUGUAGGUGCACAAAAUGUCAAGCGAAGCUGAAAACCUCUAACAUAAGAUAAACAUUUAGGCCAGAUGUGUACAGAUUUUUUUCACCAUAACUAUUAACAAAGUAAAAAAUGGCUAUAUCAUUGUUUUUCAUUACAAUGGGUGGUUACUGUUACAGAGAGAAUACUUCAACUAAUCCUGCGUUAAACUCCCUGAGGUUGGAGAAGCAGUCGUCAGUAAAAUUACGGGAACACAACAAAAGAUUGUACUGCUGUGGUAUUGUUGAAAAAAUUAAUUUUCCCUGGUGUCAGCUGGCGCAAUAAGUGGGCGGGUAAUAUGCUAAUGUUUCGUUGUGACGUCACAACGAAACAUCUUGGAAUUCGUUUUACAAACGACUUGAUUAACUGACUCAGAGUCAACUCUUACUUCUGAGAGAAAAUAACUUUAUAUAUGGUGCACUUUGAGAUUUAAAACUUUGCAGGACUACAUGAAAAAUCCAUAAUAGGGGCACUUUAAGCUUCACAGAUCAUACUGCUACAAUGGCCCGGUCCUGCAGAUUUGCCUUGUACAAUAUUAGGAAGAUUAGACCCUUAUUAUCAGAGCAUUCCACACAACUUCUCGUCCAUCUUGUUCUAUCCAGAGUGGACUAUUGUAAUACUCUCUUGGCAGGCCUUCCAGCAUGCACUGUCAAGCCUCUACAACUGAUCCAGAAUGGAUCAUCAGUUUGCACUGGCUACCAAUACCAAUAGCUGCUCGCAUCAAAUUCAAGGCGCUGAUGUUUGCCUACAAGACAACCACUGGCUCUGCACCAUUAUGCAUAAACUCACUACUUCAGAAUUUUGUGCCCUCCAGGAGCUUGUGUUCUGCAAGUAAACUGCACCUUACAUCUUUUUUGUCAACACUUGACCCAGUAAUAUUAGCACUUUCUAUUUCUAUUCUCUCUCUCUCCAUUUAUUAAAAAAAAAAACAUGGUGCUUGCA